GCUGUGCUUACUCCCCCGCCCGCCCCGCGGAGAAAGCAGCAUGUAGUGGGACACUGACAGAUCGCUCGUGUGGGCUACGCAGGAUGCUGCGAUAUUUGCGAUGCUCCCGGCGGCUGGUUUUCUUGCUCCUGCGAGCAGCUGUUGCCUUUCUGCUGUGGGGUUCCUCUGGUGCCUCCUGGCAUUCCCUGUGCUAUUUCUACCUGGGGGUGUCGGAGCCCAUCCAGGGUCUGCCCUGGUUCACUCAGGUGGGGUAUGUGGAUGACCACCCCAUCACACGCUAUGACAGCAACACCAAGAGGGACCAGCCUCAAGUCCCCUGGAUGAAGAAGGCAGAGAAUGUCCGAUUCUGGGACAGGGAGACCCGUAAUGCUCUGCUCGCUGAAGAUUAUUUCAAGGAGGCCCUCCUGACCCUGAAGAGCCGCUACAACCAGAGUGGAGGGCUUCACACCUGGCAGUGCCUGGCAGACUGUGAGUUGAGCAAAGACAAGGACCCGAAAGGGACUCUGAGGUGCAGCUAUGACGGGAGGGACUUCAUCAGUCUGGAUAAGGAGACCCUCACCUGGACAGCAGCUGAUGUGGUGGCCCGAAUAACCAAGAGGAAGUGGGAGGCCAACCCAAGCAUUGCUCAGAAAUGGAAAAACUACCUGGAGGAGGAAUGCACUGGACAACUGCAAAAAUACUUGGCCUGUGGGCAGAAGACUCUGCUGAGGACAGAGUCCCCGGAAAUGAAGGUGGUGCGCAAGGUGGGCCAUGAUGGCUUGGAGACCCUCAUCUGCCGAGCUGAUGGCUUCUACCCCAAGGAGAUUGAUGCUACCUGGAGGAAGGACGGGGAAGUCUGGGAGCAGGACACAUUUCGUGGGUUUGUCAGCCCCAACUCGGAUGGGACAUACCACACCUGGCUGAGCAUCGAGAUUGACCCCAAGGAGAGGGACCACUUCCAGUGCUAUGUGGAACAUGACAGCCUACAAGAGCCUCUGGACUUGGCCUGGAAAGAGCCUGCCUCUGUUCCUGCAGGAGCCAUUCCGGUAGCCAUUGCCGUAGCCAUUGCCGUAGCCAUUGCUGGGAUCGUCUGGAUCAUUAGAAGGCCGAGAAUCCUUUGCUGUGCGUACCAGCGAACAUCAACAAGUGACCAGGGUUCUGCCAGCUAUUCCAUGGAGGAACGGCAGCAAGGUGCUUCCACACCAACCCAAGAAACAGCACCAAGUGGUGGGUCUCAGCAGGAGCAGGAAGGAACCCAUCUAUCCCCCUCAGAUGCCUGCUCUGACCAUUUGUCCAGAAACUGUGCAGAGCUUCAUCCCUCUGUGAACAGGGAAGACACUGACAGGGCCAGCCUUUCCAGGAUGCAUGAUGAGGUGGUUGGCUUAGGUGAUGCAUGUGAAGAGGGAGCAGGAGGCAUCCCUGCCCCUUCUCCAUCUCUGCCUCCAGAGAAGGGGAACAGGAUGGGAAUUCCAUUCCCCUUCCCCUCCAGCACGGAGACAGUAGAGAAGGAAUUGCCGUCAUCCUCAUAUCUUCCUCCUCAACCCUCUGAGCCUGUUAAAAUUAGAGGAGUGAGAAGAGUAUCAAGUCAGGCCUGGCAACUUGGGAACAGAUUGUCACUUGUGCUGGCAGCAAAGAGCUCACCAAGAGACUCUUUAUCCUCCUUAAUGGACAGAUGCAAGACUGAUGAAGAUGAGCCGCUUCUUAGACCCUCUACUAGCGAACCUAAAUCAGUGACUGAGAAGGCACAUGGAGCCAGUUCACACGUACACUUUAAUGGCAGUUAAACCUGCCAGAGCUUUUUAACUGUAGUACGACCAAACUCACAAAACCCCUGUGCAGGAGCGGUUCCUCUAUAAGGGCAAAAGGGGCAGCGCCUCCUCCCCAGUACAUACAUACGUACACACACACACCCCGUUUAUCUCUUUCUCAGCUGGCUGUCUCUCUUGUUUUCCUCCUCCCCUCUCUUGCCUCCUGUCUCCUGACCCAUGCCCACUGCUGUCUAACAGAGGGCUUCCUCUCUCGCUGUUUUCCCCUCCUUGUUUCCCUCCCUCCCCGUUCCGACUCUGGGGUGGUCGGUGGCUCCAUCACCCACUCUGCACUGCUCAGCGCCUGUGCAGUCCAAAGAUUUCACAUUCCGAAGGCAGUCAGGAUAUGCUUGGUUUGUUUUGCUAAAGUGGGCAAUGUUGUCACCGCCCAGCAGAUUUGACUAGACUUGAGUUCCAAGUCUACAGGCUGAAGUGGGCAGGGAAAGGAGGCAGCGGCAGCCUUUCUUUCUCUGUGAGAAACUAAGCAGUCUGCUUCAAAUGCUUCAAAUGUGGAUUUCAUGCUGGUAUGUUUGAACGACAGAAGGGUGAAAGGGAGGUUGGAGAGGAAGAGGGAGACGUUUACAGUCAUUUAUCUCCCUUUCCUUGCACGACCCCCAUCUCUGCUCUCCCCCCUUCUUUUCUCUCAGACUAUUCAUUCACUGGGAUUAAUUUCAAAUGCUUCAAAUUAGUUUAUUUUUGCAACAGUGACCUUCUCCCAUCAGCCACUUGCAAUUUUACUGACCAGCAAAAACUCUUUUCUCUCUCUCCUCCUGGCUUGUCUUGUUCCCAUCCAAUUAUUAAGUGUGUUUACUGCUCUCUUUAUUUACAUUGCAGCUUUUGCAAUCUCUCUGUUGCAAAGAAUAUUUUCCCCAGUUCCUUCAUUUCUCUCAGAUCCCAUCAAGUCAUCUUCAGGGAGGAAGAGAAAGCUUGAGAUGCUUUCCCUCAGUCUCCUUUCUUUCCUCCUCCUCCUCCUCCUCCUCGACACCAUUUCUACCCCCUUCCUCUAAAACGCCAAGAACCCCACGCCACCCCGCAAAAAGGAGACUCGGAAGCAGGGAAAUAUUUCCAAGCUGCUUUGAAAAGGGGAGAUGUGAGAGCUGGCAAAUUGAGAAGAGGCUGGUGGGAGCUCCUGGUCCUUAAAGCCAAGACAAUUUAAAACGAGAGAAAGAGGGGAACAGUAAGUGUUUGGGAAAAGGAAAGUCAAAGGGGCCAGGGCUUGUCAAGAAGGACUUGGGGGGAGAAAUUUUGCCCUUCCCCUUCUCCUAUAUACAGACUUCCCUCAAACGAGUUAUAUAAAAAGAUCUGAUAAUACAUGAGUGGGAGCUGACCAGUUUUUUUGUUACUAUUAAUUUUGUAUUUUUAAUCUCACUUUCCAAAAUAUGGUGUUUUUCCGCAGUCCUAUCUCCUCUCACAUGGACUAGGAGAGGAUCAGCUAUGUACUAGCAAUGUACAUUUUAAAAUACAAUUUUAAACACUG